UGGCCGUGAAUUGGGGCGGUAUGUUGCGGUCUGGCCUUUUUCGCUCCGGGAUGCGGCGGAGUUGGGCUUUGAGACAGUGCGUUUCGGAGGCUCGGUUCCCCGGGAAGCGGUGGCUGGUGGCUGGCCUGGGGAACCAUGGAAUGCCUGGCACACGGCACAGCGUGGGCAUGGCGGUGCUGGGGCAAAUAGCGCGGCGACUAGGAGUGGCGGAGAGCUGGGCUCGUGACUCUCGCUGCGCUGCUGACCUCGCCUUGGCCCCGUUUGGGGAUGCCCAGCUGGUACUGCUCCGGCCACGGCGCCUCAUGAAUGUCAACGGGCGCAGUGUGGCCCAAGCUGCGGAGCUGUUUGGACUGACUGCGGAGGAGAUCUAUCUGGUGCAUGAUGAACUUGACAAGCCUCUGGGAAAGCUGGCUCUGAAGCUAGGGGGCAGCGCAAGGGGCCACAAUGGAGUCCGUUCCUGCAUUAGCUGUCUGAACUCCAGUGCAAUGCUGAGGCUUCGGGUAGGCAUCGGGCGCCCCAUACACCCUAGUAUGGUGCAAGCCCACGUCCUGGGCUGCUUCUCCCCUGAGGAGCAGGAGCUACUGUCCCCCUUGCUGGAUCAGGCCACCGACCUGCUUCUGGACCACAUCCGUACUCGAAGCCAGGGGCCACCAUCGAGCCUCUGAGACCAGUGGACCUAUCUGCCUGUUUGACUGCCUGCCGAUGCCCCGAAGCCCAGACACAGCCACAGGACUGCCACGACACUUGUGGAAGUUUGCAUUUGUUCCCAGCAGCACAGACUAGGAAACUGAGGCCCGGAGAUGAAGAAACCAGAAAGCGACAAGACUAGAACUUUAGCCCAAGCCAAUGUGACCUGGAAGUUAAGGCUUUUACCCAUAAUGCCUGUCCCUGCAAUCAGCCCAUUCAAGCUGGCUAAGCCCUUCUGCAUUUGACACCCCUGCCCCUCUAUCUCAGGACCUAACAGCUUGGCAGAUACUAUGCACCGAAUAACUUUUUCCUGAUACAGUUCCAUCUGUUGUGUUAGGUCAAGGGACAUUUGUACCUUUUAAGAAUACCGUGUUUACUGGUUUCAGUGGGAGAAUUAAAGUAUUUGGAGAG